AUGGUCUUCAUUCUUGGCGUCAACUUCGGCGAGCAGAAGCUCGUCAAGAAAGCCCUUGAGUCCUUCUACGCUCUUGGACCCACGAUAUCUGCCCGAAUCAUGGCAAAAUACUCGAUUCACAAGCUCGCCAAGGUCGGGUCUCUCGCUCCCAGAACUGUCACUUCCAUUACAGCCGAGUUAUCACAAAUGACGAUCGAAACGGAUGCUAGGCGCUUGGUACAAGAAAACAUUCGACGACUAAAGGAUAUGGGGUCAUACCGUGGUAGACGACACGCAAUGGGUCUUCCAGUACGUGGUCAGCGAACAAGGACGCAGACAGCAACUGCCAACAGGCUCAACAGGGUCGAGCGACGAGGUUAA